AAAGGCAGCAGGCGAAAUUUCAGAUGCGGGCUGCUUGCUGUAAACUGCUUGUAUAAUAGCCUAUUGUAAAUUUGCCCCCACCAAACCGAAACAUUUGCGUGCGCGUGACUCGCAAAAAGCGUGUGAAAAAUGUCAACUGUUAAAGAUUUCAGAGCAGGAGAGAAACCGCGAGCAUUCCAGAACCAUCACAUCCUAGGUGUUUCGUAAUCCAUGUGUUUUGUAAUGCAUAUUGUUUUGUCUUUUUUUUGUCUUGUUUGUUUGGUUUUUUUUUUUUUUUUUAUUAAAAUUUGCGAAUUAUCGAGGGGGCAGUUGAACCACUUCUAUCGCAACAGGUCAGUCUGCAUAAGUUAAAAUGGAGGACAGGAUGCUUCUGCGGAACAUUCGGCAGACCCCGAAGCCCAGCACACCUGUGUUAGUGGUUUCCAAACUCAUCAUGCUUUGCUUACCCAUCGUCCAAAUUGUUCUGGGUACAAUUUAUCUGAAGGAUUGCCCUGCCCAGCCCUACAUUCCCAUCUAUGUGUUGGUUUCGGGGGUGUUCACCAUGUGCCUGUCACUGCUGUCCUGCCUGCCCUGUGCCAGGGAGAGCGAGGAAGGGGAGCAGAACCCCCUCAGCAGCAUCUGCACCGCUUGGAACUCCCUGUUGACUGUCUUCCUCUUCUGCUGGUUCAUCGCUGGCAACGUAUGGAUCUACUCCAUAUAUGCCCCCAGCUAUAGUCCAUUGGAGUCCAUGUACUGCCACAAGACCCUGUAUCUGUUUGCGUUCUGGAUGACUACGCUGGUCUACAUCCUGGUGGGAGUUCUGCUGGUUGGAGGCUGCUGUGCCCUCAUUUGUAUGGCUGUGUGUGGGAGGAGUGGCUUUGGGAGUGGAUUCAAUGAUGAUAUCUGAGGCAAGGGGUCAUAGGUCAGGGGUCAUGACUCAUGGGUUCCAUUAUUUGCCUUGUAAAUCUGGAGUCCUGACCCUGAAUGAUCACAGUCGUCUCUCUCUAAAUUAUUUCUGAAUCCAGAAAUUAAGAGUCUUUCUUACUCAAUUAUCUGCCAGAGUUGGUCCUGGAGAGCCACAGGAUCUGCUGGUUUUUGCUGUUUCUCAGCACUUAAUGUAUCCGCUAAAUCAGUUGCUUACAGUUAAAUCAUUUUUCUUGUUUUGUGGGUCUCAGCCAUUUGUGGAUUUUAUUGGGAAACAAAAACCAGCAGUGCCCGGGGGUAGUGAAGGUUGAUUUUGCUUGGUGGAUGGGAAAAAAACCUUGAUAAUUUACAUUCGGGAAUGGGAUUGGAUGCCCCUGAAACAACAUUUACACCUUUGCUCAGUCUGCCUAUCAUUGGUCUACAUAACAGAGAGCACUUUGCUUCCUCACCUUUCCACUUGUGACUUUUUUUCUACACUUUUGAGCUGCCAGCUCCAUUGUAUUGCUUUAUCCCAAAUCGUUCAAGGUGGAACACCUCACUCCCUCACACCCCACAAUAGACUACACUAGAGACCACAAGAAUAACAAAUGUUUCAUUAUAUUGCUGCAAGAAAUGUUUACUUAAGCUUUGAAAAGGAGUGUUCUUUAUGGUGAAAUGUAUAAUGGAUGGAUGAAAUGAAUUGAAUCUAUGACCCUGAAAAAGAACUUAUUUUAAUAUGAUUGUGACUGUGUGAAUGUUGUUGAUUCGUAGUUCAUUUGUAUAUGAGAAUAUGGCCACCACAGAUAACAACAUUGAUUUAACUCCAUGUGCCCUGCUUAUGUAAAUGCCACACUUAUGCUCCUGGCUUUUUCACAAGAUUCGGUUGUGUGUUGCAAUGAUCACAGAAUAAACAUCAGCAUUUGUGUGUUUGUGCCCUCA